AUGGUAGCUACGCCAAUCGAUAGAUCUGAAGCAGACGAUUUCAUCACCGCUGAAAUCAUCGCCAUAGUCAUUGUCACUUGCUUCCACGCACCGCCCAAAAAUUUUGCACAUUCAACUACGUGCUGCUACGAUGAUCAAACCACCUUGACAGUCACUCCAUCAGACAGAUAUGUCAUUGAUCGUCCCAGAUCAGCCAAUUUCACCGCCAUUAGAGCCUCCACGCGCGAUCACACAUUCAAUCACCAAUAUUCCAAUCCUUCAUCCUACAAUUAUCCAGAACCAACGUCAUCAUUGGAAGACACUCUCAAAGCAUUCAUACAGACAAGUAACCAAAAUAUACAAGAGCUUCAGAAGGUCGCCAUGAGUAAUAGCCAAAAUCUACAAGAGCUUAAGCAGUUCACACAUCAAGCUAUUGCUAAGAUGGAAGGACAAAUUGGCCAAUUAGCAAAUCAAGUGGGGGAAAGAGAAAGAGGGAAGCUCCCGAGUCAACCAAUACCCAACCCAAAAGGACAAUUUGUUAUUGGGAGUACAUCCGACCCUUCUCAUGAACAGGAGCAUGUGCAAGCCAUCACAACUUUGAGGUCAGGAAGGCAAGUGGAUAAUCAAGUGGUCAUGCCUGAAGAAGUCACUGAGGCGGCAAGAGAUGAGGAAAACCAUGACAAGCCUGAAAAGAUCUUGGACCAGACAUUGUCAUUCCAACGGCUAGGAGAGUCCCCAGAAAUCAACAUUCCAUUCCUCGAUGCCAUUCAGCAAGUACCUUCGUAUGCCAAAUUUCUGAUGGAUUUGGUAACUAUCAAGAGAAGGACAAAUGUUCCCAAGAAAGCUUUCCUAACUGAGCAAGUCAGCUCUAUUUUGCAGUGCAAGAUUCCUAUCAAGUAUAAGGACCCUGGUUAUCCUACAAUUGCGUGCAUGAUAGGUGGUACCAAGGUUAAAAGAGCUCUCUUGGAUUUGGGGGCCAGUGUGAAUCUCUUGUCAUAUUCAGUAUAUGUCCAAUUGGGAUUAGGAGAGCUAAAACCCACUUCAAUGACACUUCAGCUGGCCGACAGAUCUGUAAAAGUCCCAAGGGGAAUCAUUGAAGAUGUUCUGAUCAAAGUUGAUAAGUUCUACUACCCUGUGGACUUCAUCGUCUUAGACACAGAAUUAGUUUUGAAUGUGGAGAUUCAGAUUCAAGUAAUACUAGGGUGUCCCUUUUUAGCUACGGCUAAUGCCCUAAUCAACUAUAGGACUGGAGUCAUGAAGUUAUCUUUUGGGAACAUGACAGUGGAGUUAAAUAUUUUUGAUAUCAGCAGGCAGCCAUUUGACUAUGAAGGGCCAGAAGUGCAUGCGCAAUAG